AUGGCCCCGCCCAGGUUUGCACCGCCACAAGCCGCUGCGGCAGUCUCUUCUCUCCUUACAGAACGGGACCUGCCGAAGGUGCGCGAUGACGUCCCGGAGCUCCACCUGGUUACAAAAAGUGAGACGGUCCGACAGCCGAUACCAGGAACAGUGUACGAGACGGUCCGACAGCCGGUACCAGGAACAGCGUACGAGACGGUCCGACAGCCGGUACCAGGAAUAGCGUACGAGACGGUCCGACAGCCGUUACCAGGAACAGUGUACGAGACGGUCCGACAGCCGGGACCAGGAACAGUGUACGAGACGGUCCGACAGCCGUUACCAGGAAUAGCGUACGAGACGGUCCGACAGCCGAUACCAGGAAUAGCGUACGAGACGGUCCGACAGCCGAUACCAGGAAUAGCGUACGAGACGGUCCGACAGCCGGUACCAGGAAUAGCGUACGAGACGGUCCGACAGCCGGGACCAGGAACAGUGUACGAGACGGUCCGACAGCCGGUCCCAGGAAUAGUGUACCAGACGGUCCGACAGCCGGUCCCAGGAAUAGUGUACGAGACGGUCCGACAGCCGGUCCCAGGAAUAGUGUACCAGCCGGUCCGACAGCCGGUCCCAGGAAUAGUGUACCAGCCGGUCCUACAGCCGGUACCAGGAAUAGUGUACCAGACGGUCCGACAACCGGUACCAGGAAUAGUGUACGAGAUGGUCCGACAGCCGGUACCAGGAACAGUGUACGAGACGGUCCGACAGCCGGUACCAGGAACAGCGUACGAGACGGUCCGACAGCCGGGACCAGGAACAGCGUACGAGACGGUCCGACAGCCGGGACCAGGAACAGUGUACGAGACGGUCCGACAGCCGGUACCAGGAAUAGUGUACGAGACGGUCCGACAGCCGGUACCAGGAACAGCGUACGAGACGGUCCGACAGCCGGUACCAGGAAUAGUGUACAGCCGGGACCAGGAACAGUGGCGGUAG